AUGGUAAUGUUAUUAUCUUUAAUUUUUGGCGGCUUUUACCAAAAAUCUCUCUCUGAUGGCGAAAACCAAGGCGAGAUGGGAAAUUGUGGCUAUGACGAACAAAAUAAAUUAGUGAUUAUUAAACUUAAUCAGUUAUAUUUACUUAACAAAUUAGGUCAUAAGCGUUAUUUUGCCACUCCUGAACGCUAUUUAAUGAUUGAUUUUAGUGCUUUAACUGAAACUAUUAGCCACGAAUUAGCCCAUUACAUUCAAUUUGUUAAAUAUGGUAAAAGCAGUUGUGAAAGUAGUGGUAAAAAAGAUGCUAAUGGUGAAUUCCUGGCUCCGGAAUUAGUGAAAGAACACGCACAAUUUACGAAAGAAAUUAAACAAAUGAUAGUUAAUUCGGCUGAAUAUGAGAAAUUUAAGGAGUGA